AUGCAGAUGCUAAAAUUUGAGAGUUUAGACAGACAUAAUAAAUUGAGUGAAGAAUUAAAAUCGUUUAGUAUUACAGCUCAAGGUCAGCUUAUAAAAUACAUCAAAGAAAAAUUAAGUUCUACAAAGCUAUUAGUUACCCGUCCAAUUUCUGUUACUAUUGAUAAAGUGCAAAUACAAUCGGCUGAACAUUCGAUGAAGAAGGAGAAACUGAUAUUGGUAAUCGAAUCAUUAAUUAGAUCCUUAAACAAGACCAAUUUGUCACAGCUUCAAGGGUUAAAAUCAAAAAGAAAAGAUGAACUAUUAAUUAUUCUACAGCAAGUUCGAGAUUUGGCUAUUGGUAAUGAAAUAAAUUAA